AUGACUUACAACGAUACACCAACUACAAGACACAGGUCAAAUGCAAUUAUCAGAACUUGUAUUGAUGUCAAAAGAUUAACAAUGUCUCUUAACAGAGAUAAAGAGCAUCAAUACAAUGAUCCUGUUGUCUUUACAAACGAAUUACAAACUAGAUAUAACAACUAUUCAAGAUAUAGAUAUAUUAAAAUUGAUGAAUUAUCAUCGAAUCCAGAAAUUUUAAUUAACCCAAAUGAUUCUCCAAAAUCAAAUGUUAUUUAUGAAAGAAAAGAAUCAUUUUAUAACUCCAAAUUAUUUUAUAAAGAUUCACAAAUUAACACUUAUAAAAUUUGUCAAUAUUGUGAUCCUUUUGAAGAAAUGUGCGAUACCCAUAAAAAUCAAAAAGCAUCAAUCAUGAGAAAUGGUGAAAAAAUCUCUUAUAAUAUCAACUUACCAUUUUUCUAUGAUUCUUUACAUCAUGAAUAUCAGAAACAUUUAGCUAUCCAUCAUGGGAUCCUACCAAACAAUUCACACAUCGUCACUCCAUUCAUUGGUAUCAAUCAAAGUGGUAUCAAUCAAGAAGGUGUUGAUGUAUCUAAAUCAGUGAUGAUUUGUCCACAUCGUGAUGAUAAUCAACACGAUGGUCCUUGUUUAGCUCAAUUCAAAUUCGAUUCCACUGUGAGAAACCCAUAUGAGAAAUAUUUGGAACAUGUUUAUUAUUAUCAUUACAAAGAACCAGGAACAGAUGUUGAUUUCCCAAUUGAAGCGCUUAAUUAUGAGAAGUAUGAUUCUGAUCAAAUUUUCUAUCCUUAUCAUUUAGAAAAAUUUAUUGAAUCAUUAUAUUUUAUGAAUAAAGAAUGUGGGAAACAUCAUGAUGGCGGGUUGAAAUUACCAACUGAUGAUCGUUUAUUGUUUCAAAUUCUUUAUCAAGUUCAUGGAGGUUAUGGUGUUGAUGAUAUGGAUGAAUAUAGAAUUGAAACCAUUGUUUUGUAUAACGAACCACCAAAUUCUGAACAAAGGAAAUUAACUCGCAAAAUUAACUCAAUGAGAUAUUUAUUUGAUUCUAGUUCUAUAAAGAAUUUAUUCACACAAGGUAAAUAUUCUGAAAGAUUGAGAAGAAAUCCUGAAGAUUUUAUUGAUAUUGAUUCAAUCAUUUCUAAAAAUUUGCCUUCAUUUUCUCCAGAUGGUUAUCCAUUACAAAGUAUUAUUCAACAAAAGAUGAAUCAAGAGGAUUCAGAAAAUGGUGAUGUUCAAGAUAUCAAUCAUUCAGAUUCAAGUAGUGAAGGAGAAGAUUUCAACCAAAAGAAUAAUUCAGCUGAUGUUGAUUCAUUAUAUCAUGUUCCACAUUGGCCCAAGAACGAAUCAACUAAAGAAGAACUUGAACAAGGAGAGCUACAACAUGAACAGACUAAUAAUGAACCUUCUUCUUCAGAAGAAGAAGAUUCAGAUUCAUCAGUUUCAGAUCCAGAAGAAUCAGCUGGAUUAAGAAGAAAAAAUGCAAUCAGAAGACCAGAUCCAUCAAUUAGACCAAGUUCAUUACAAAGACGUGGUGCUAUAUAUAGAAGUCGUCAAAGAUCUGAUGAAGAUUUAGAUUGCGCUACAAUAACACCAGGCUUAUUUGCAAAUGAUCAAGAUAAUUUAAGUUAUCAAGAACAUGAUGAUGAUGUUGAUAAUGGGUUUUCAGAUUCAAAUUUAACAUUAACACCAACUGGUUAUAAUAGUGAGAUUGAUCAACAUACAAAUGAUGACGAUGUUGUUGAAGAACCUUUAAUCCAAAGAUCUGAUUCAAUUGAUGAUGAAUUAGAUGAUGUUCCAUGUGAAUUAGUUGGGGAAGAUGAUAUUGAAGAAGCAAAUAUUGCUGAUCAUCGUCGCAAACAAAGAGGUUAUAUUACUGAUAUUCUUGGUUAUCUAGUGGAAGCUACUGGUCCGGAUGAUUCAGUUGAUGAUUAUACUCCUGUUGAAGCUGUUUCAAUUGAAGAAGAAGAGAAAAGACAACAUUUAUAUGAAACAGAUAUAAUGGAUUUUUUCGAAUCUUUAAAUGAUCCAUCAAGUCAUGAUAUUUCUCAAGAUGUUGCUGAUUCAAUUAAAAAUGAUCAAAAAAAUGAUGAACUUGAACGUGCCAAACUAGAAUCAGUUCCAAUAGUUGAAUCCAAACCUGAAUCCAAAAGUGAAUCUGAAUCUGAAUCUAAACCUGAUUUUAAAGCUGAAUCUAAACCUGAACCAAAACCUGAAUCUAAAUCUGAAUCUCCAAUUAUUAAAGAAAAAUCUAAACAACAAAUCGUUCCAUUACCUCAAUCAUUUAGUGUUGAAAGAAGAUUACCUGAAAGAGAUCAAGAAUUAAAUGUUCUUUUAAGGAAUGGUUCAAAUAUUUCUGAUCGUUUAAGAAGAAAUAUUAAUCAAAGAGCUGCAAAAUUUGGUCCAGGAGGUGCUGGUAAUAGAUUUAUGUCUUCAUGA